AUGGUCUUGAUGGACCUGGUCGGAAACGUCUCCGCCGUCGGCGACACGGAUGCGAUGGUGGCGGGCGACUCGGGCAGCAAGCACAACGGCGGCCGCAGCGCCGCCGUGUGUGCCGUCAACAGCAUGGUCUCGGAGGCUUCCGCGGCGACCGUGGCCUUGUUGGAUGUGAUCGGGGGCGUCUCCGCUGGCAUGGUCACGAACGCGACGGUUGACGCCGGUAGUAGCGUCAGCGGCGUCGCCAGCGACAUCGACAGCAGGGUCUCGGACACGAUGGAGGUGACCGUGGCCUUGGUGGACGUGGUCAGCGGCGUCUCCGCCGACAUGGACACGGACGCGGACGCGAUGGUGGCGGGCGACUCGGGCAGCAAGCACAACGGCGGCCGCAGCGCCACCGUGUGUGCCGUCAACAGCAUGGUCUCGGAGGCUUCCGCGGCGACCGUGGCCGUGUUGGAUGUGAUCGGGGGCGUCUCCGCUGGCAUGGUCACGAUCGCGACGGUGGCAUUCGGCUCGGGCAGCGAGCGCAACGACAGCGGCAGUCCGCACGCAGGUUGCCGCCGCGACAUCGACAGCAGGGUCUCGGACACGAUGGAGGUGACCGUGGCCUUGGUGGACGUGGUCAGCGGCGUCUCCGCCGACAUGGACACGGACGCGGACGCGAUGGUGGCGGGCGACUCGGGCAGCAAGCACAACGGCGGCCGCAGCGCCACCGUGUGUGCCGUCAACAGCAUGGUCUCGGAGGCUUCCGCGGCGACCGUGGCCGUGUUGGAUGUGAUCGGGGGCGUCUCCGCUGGCAUGGUCACGAACGCGACGGUGGCAUUCGGCUCGGGCAGCGAGCGCAACGACAGCGGCAGUCCGCACGCAGGUUGCCGCCGCGACAUCGACAGCAGGGUCUCGGACACGAUGGAGGUGACCGUGGCCUUGGUGGACGUGGUCAGCGGCGUCUCCGCCGACAUGGACACGGACGCGGACGCGAUGGUGGCGGGCGACUCGGGCAGCAAGCACAACGGCGGCCGCAGCGCCACCGUGUGUGCCGUCAACAGCAUGGUCUCGGAGGCUUCCGCGGCGACCGUGGCCGUGUUGGAUGUGAUCGGGGGCGUCUCCGCUGGCAUGGUCACGAACGCGACGGUGGCAUUCGGCUCGGGCAGCGAGCGCAACGACAGCGGCAGUCCGCACGCAGGUCGCCGCCGCGACAUCGACAGCAGGGUCUCGGACACGAUGGAGGUGACCGUGGCCUUGGUGGACGUGGUCAGCGGCGUCUCCGCCGACAUGGACACGGACGCGGACGCGAUGGUGGCGGGCGACUCGGGCAGCAAGCACAACGGCGGCCGCAGCGCCGCCGUGUGUGCCGUCAACAGCAUGGUCUCGGAGGCUUCCGCGGCGACCGUGGCCGUGUUGGAUGUGAUCGGGGGCGUCUCCGCUGGCAUGGUCACGAACGCGACGGUGGCAUUCGGCUCGGGCAGCGAGCGCAACGACAGCGGCAGUCCGCACGCAGGUCGCCGCCGCGACAUCGACAGCAGGGUCUCGGACACGAUGGAGGUGACCGUGGCCUUGGUGGACGUGGUCAGCGGCGUCUCCGCCGACAUGGACACGGACGCGGACGCGAUGGUGGCGGGCGACUCGGGCAGCAAGCACAACGGCGGCCGCAGCGCCACCGUGUGUGCCGUCAACAGCAUGGUCUCGGAGGCUUCCGCGGCGACCGUGGCCGUGUUGGAUGUGAUCGGGGGCGUCUCCGCUGGCAUGGUCACGAACGCGACGGUGGCAUUCGGCUCGGGCAGCGAGCGCAACGACAGCGGCAGUCCGCACGCAGGUUGCCGCCGCGACAUCGACAGCAGGGUCUCGGACACGAUGGAGGUGACCGUGGCCUUGGUGGACGUGGUCAGUGGCGUCUCCGCCGUCGGCGACACGGAUGGGGACGCGAUGGUGGCGGGCGACUCGGGCAGCAAGCACAACGGCGGCCGCAGCGCCACCGUGUGUGCCGUCAACAGCAUGGUCUCGGAGGCUUCCGCGGCGACCGUGGCCGUGUUGGAUGUGAUCGGGGGCGUCUCCGCUGGCAUGGUCACGAACGCGACGGUGGCAUUCGGCUCGGGCAGCGAGCGCAACGACAGCGGCAGUCCGCACGCAGGUCGCCGCCGCGACAUCGACAGCAGGGUCUCGGACACGAUGGAGGUGACCGUGGCCUUGGUGGACGUGGUCAGCGGCGUCUCCGCCGACAUGGACACGGACGCGGACGCGAUGGUGGCGGGCGACUCGGGCAGCAAGCACAACGGCGGCCGCAGCGCCACCGUGUGUGCCGUCAACAGCAUGGUCUCGGAGGCUUCCGCGGCGACCGUGGCCGUGUUGGAUGUGAUCGGGGGCGUCUCCGCUGGCAUGGUCACGAACGCGACGGUGGCAUUCGGCUCGGGCAGCGAGCGCAACGACAGCGGCAGUCCGCACGCAGGUUGCCGCCGCGACAUCGACAGCAGGGUCUCGGACACGAUGGAGGUGACCGUGGCCUUGGUGGACGUGGUCAGCGGCGUCUCCGCCGACAUGGACACGGACGCGGACGCGAUGGUGGCGGGCGACUCGGGCAGCAAGCACAACGGCGGCCGCAGCGCCACCGUGUGUGCCGUCAACAGCAUGGUCUCGGAGGCUUCCGCGGCGACCGUGGCCGUGUUGGAUGUGAUCGGGGGCGUCUCCGCUGGCAUGGUCACGAACGCGACGGUGGCAUUCGGCUCGGGCAGCGAGCGCAACGACAGCGGCAGUCCGCACGCAGGUUGCCGCCGCGACAUCGACAGCAGGGUCUCGGACACGAUGGAGGUGACCGUGGCCUUGGUGGACGUGGUCAGCGGCGUCUCCGCCGACAUGGACACGGACGCGGACGCGAUGGUGGCGGGCGACUCGGGCAGCAAGCACAACGGCGGCCGCAGCGCCGCCGUGUGUGCCGUCAACAGCAUGGUCUCGGAGGCUUCCGCGGCGACCGUGGCCGUGUUGGAUGUGAUCGGGGGCGUCUCCGCUGGCAUGGUCACGAACGCGACGGUUGACGCCGGUAGUAGCGUCAGCGGCGUCGCCAGCGACAUCGACAGCAGGGUCUCGGACACGAUGGAGGUGACCGUGGCCUUGGUGGACGUGGUCAGUGGCGUCUCCGCCGACAUGGACACGGAUGGGGACGCGAUGGUGGCGGGCGACUCGGGCAGCAAGCACAACGGCGGCCGCAGCGCCACCGUGUGUGCCGUCAGCAGCAUGGUCUCGGAGGCUUCCGCGGCGACCGUGGCCGUGUUGGAUGUGAUCGGGGGCGUCUCCGCUGGCACGGUCACGAACGCGACGGUGGCAUGGUCACGAACGCGACGGUGGCAUUCGGCUCGGGCAGCGAGCGCAACGACAGCGGCAGUCCGCACGCAGGUUGACGCCGGUAGUAGCGUCAGCGGCGUCGCCAGCGACAUCGACAGCAGGGUCUCGGACACGAUGGAGGUGACCGUGGCCUUGGUGGACGUGGUCAGUGGCGUCUCCGCCGACAUGGACACGGACGCUGACGCGAUGGUGGCGGGCGACUCGGGCAGCAAGCACAACGGCGGCCGCAGCGCCACCGUGUGUGCCGUCAACAGCAUGGUCUCGGAGGCUUCCGCGGCGACCGUGGCCGUGUUGGAUGUGAUCGGGGGCGUCUCCGCUGGCAUGGUCACGAACGCGACGGUGGCAUUCGGCUCGGGCAGCGAGCGCAACGACAGCGGCAGUCCGCACGCAGGUUGCCGCCGCGACAUCGACAGCAGGGUCUCGGACACGAUGGAGGUGACCGUGGCCUUGGUGGACGUGGUCAGUGGCGUCUCCGCCGACAUGGACACGGAUGGGGACGCGAUGGUGGCGGGCGACUCGGGCAGCAAGCACAACGGCGGCCGCAGCGCCACCGUGUGUGCCGUCAGCAGCAUGGUCUCGGAGGCUUCCGCGGCGACCGUGGCCGUGUUGGAUGUGAUCGGGGGCGUCUCCGCUGGCACGGUCACGAACGCGACGGUGGCAUGGUCACGAACGCGACGGUGGCAUUCGGCUCGGGCAGCGAGCGCAACGACAGCGGCAGUCCGCACGCAGGUUGACGCCGGUAGUAGCGUCAGCGGCGUCGCCAGCGACAUCGACAGCAGGGUCUCGGACACGAUGGAGGUGACCGUGGCCUUGGUGGACGUGGUCAGUGGCGUCUCCGCCGACAUGGACACGGACGCUGACGCGAUGGUGGCGGGCGACUCGGGCAGCAAGCACAACGGCGGCCGCAGCGCCACCGUGUGUGCCGUCAACAGCAUGGUCUCGGAGGCUUCCGCGGCGACCGUGGCCGUGUUGGAUGUGAUCGGGGGCGUCUCCGCUGGCAUGGUCACGAACGCGACGGUGGCAUUCGGCUCGGGCAGCGAGCGCAACGACAGCGGCAGUCCGCACGCAGGUUGCCGCCGCGACAUCGACAGCAGGGUCUCGGACACGAUGGAGGUGACCGUGGCCUUGGUGGACGUGGUCAGCGGCGUCUCCGCCGACAUGGACACGGACGCGGACGCGAUGGUGGCGGGCGACUCGGGCAGCAAGCACAACGGCGGCCGCAGCGCCGCCGUGUGUGCCGUCAACAGCAUGGUCUCGGAGGCUUCCGCGGCGACCGUGGCCGUGUUGGAUGUGAUCGGGGGCGUCUCCGCUGGCAUGGUCACGAACGCGACGGUUGACGCCGGUAGUAGCGUCAGCGGCGUCGCCAGCGACAUCGACAGCAGGGUCUCGGACACGAUGGAGGUGACCGUGGCCUUGGUGGACGUGGUCAGUGGCGUCUCCGCCGACAUGGACACGGAUGGGGACGCGAUGGUGGCGGGCGACUCGGGCAGCAAGCACAACGGCGGCCGCAGCGCCACCGUGUGUGCCGUCAGCAGCAUGGUCUCGGAGGCUUCCGCGGCGACCGUGGCCGUGUUGGAUGUGAUCGGGGGCGUCUCCGCUGGCACGGUCACGAACGCGACGGUGGCAUGGUCACGAACGCGACGGUGGCAUUCGGCUCGGGCAGCGAGCGCAACGACAGCGGCAGUCCGCACGCAGGUUGACGCCGGUAGUAGCGUCAGCGGCGUCGCCAGCGACAUCGACAGCAGGGUCUCGGACACGAUGGAGGUGACCGUGGCCUUGGUGGACGUGGUCAGUGGCGUCUCCGCCGACAUGGACACGGACGCUGACGCGAUGGUGGCGGGCGACUCGGGCAGCAAGCACAACGGCGGCCGCAGCGCCACCGUGUGUGCCGUCAACAGCAUGGUCUCGGAGGCUUCCGCGGCGACCGUGGCCUUGUUGGAUGUGAUCGGGGGCGUCUCCGCUGGCAUGGUCACGAACGCGACGGUGGCAUUCGGCUCGGGCAGCGAGCGCAACGACAGCGGCAAGGUGACCGUGGCCUUGGUGGACGUGGUCAGUGGCGUCUCCGCCGACAUGGACACGGACGCUGACGCGAUGGUGGCGGGCGACUCGGGCAGCAAGCACAACGGCGGCCCGAGCGCAACGACAGCGGCAGUCCGCACGCAGGUCGCCGCCGGUAGUAGCGUCAGCGGCGUCGCCAGCGACAUCGACAGCAGGGUCUCGGACACGAUGGAGGUGACCGUGGCCUUGGUGGACGUGGUCAGCGGCGUCUCCGCCGACAUGGACACGGACGCGGACGCGAUGGUGGCGGGCGACUCGGGCAGCAAGCACAACGGCGGCCGCAGCGCCGCCGUGUGUGCCGUCAACAGCAUGGUCUCGGAGGCUUCCGCGGCGACCGUGGCCGUGUUGGAUGUGAUCGGGGGCGUCUCCGCUGGCAUGGUCACGAACGCGACGGUGGCAUUCGGCUCGGGCAGCGAGCGCAACGACAGCGGCAGUCCGCACGCAGGUUGCCGCCGCGACAUCGACAGCAGGGUCUCGGACACGAUGGAGGUGACCGUGGCCUUGGUGGACGUGGUCAGCGGCGUCUCCGCCGUCGGCGACACGGAUGGGGACGCGAUGGUGGCGGGCGACUCGGGCAGCAAGCACAACGGCGGCCACAGCGCCACCGUGUGUGCCGUCAGCAGCAUGGUCUCGGAGGCUUCCGCGGCGACCGUGGCCGUGUUGGAUGUGAUCGGGGGCGUCUCCGCUGGCAUGGUCACGAACGCGACGGUUGACGCCGGUAGUAGCGUCAGCGGCGUCGCCAGCGACAUCGACAGCAGGGUCUCGGACACGAUGGAGGUGACCGUGGCCUUGGUGGACGUGGUCAGUGGCGUCUCCGCCGUCGGCGACACGGAUGGGGACGCGAUGGUGGCGGGCGACUCGGGCAGCAAGCACAACGGCGGCCGCAGCGCCACCGUGUGUGCCGUCAACAGCAUGGUCUCGGAGGCUUCCGCGGCGACCGUGGCCGUGUUGGAUGUGAUCGGGGGCGUCUCCGCUGGCAUGGUCACGAACGCGACGGUUGACGCCGGUAGUAGCGUCAGCGGCGUCGCCAGCGACAUCGACAGCAGGGUCUCGGACACGAUGGAGGUGACCGUGGCCUUGGUGGACGUGGUCAGUGGCGUCUCCGCCGACAUGGACACGGACGCUGACGCGAUGGUGGCGGGCGACUCGGGCAGCAAGCACAACGGCGGCCGCAGCGCCACCGUGUGUGCCGUCAACAGCAUGGUCUCGGAGGCUUCCGCGGCGACCGUGGCCGUGUUGGAUGUGAUCGGGGGCGUCUCCGCUGGCAUGGUCACGAACGCGACGGUUGACGCCGGUAGUAGCGUCAGCGGCGUCGCCAGCGACAUCGACAGCAGGGUCUCGGACACGAUGGAGGUGACCGUGGCCUUGGUGGACGUGGUCAGCGGCGUCUCCGCCGUCGGCGACACGGAUGGGGACGCGAUGGUGGCGGGCGACUCGGGCAGCAAGCACAACGGCGGCCGCAGCGCCACCGUGUGUGCCGUCAACAGCAUGGUCUCGGAGGCUUCCGCGGCGACCGUGGCCGUGUUGGAUGUGAUCGGGGGCGUCUCCGCUGGCAUGGUCACGAACGCGACGGUUGACGCCGGUAGUAGUGUCAGCGGCGUCGCCAGCGACAUCGACAGCAGGGUCUCGGACACGAUGGAGGUGACCGUGGCCUUGGUGGACGUGGUCAGUGGCGUCUCCGCCGUCGGCGACACGGAUGCGGACGCGAUGGUGGCGGGCGACUCGGGCAGCAAGCACAACGGCGGCCGCAGCGCCGCCGUGUGUGCCGUCAGCAGCAUGGUCUCGGAGGCUUCCGCGGCGACCGUGGCCGUGUUGGAUGUGAUCGGGGGCGUCUCCGCUGGCACGGUCACGAACGCGACGGUGGCAUGGUCACGAACGCGACGGUGGCAUUCGGCUCGGGCAGCGAGCGCAACGACAGCGGCAGUCCGCACGCAGGUUGACGCCGGUAGUAGCGUCAGCGGCGUCGCCAGCGACAUCGACAGCAGGGUCUCGGACACGAUGGAGGUGACCGUGGCCUUGGUGGACGUGGUCAGUGGCGUCUCCGCCGACAUGGACACGGAUGGGGACGCGAUGGUGGCGGGCGACUCGGGCAGCAAGCACAACGGCGGCCGCAGCGCCACCGUGUGUGCCGUCAGCAGCAUGGUCUCGGAGGCUUCCGCGGCGACCGUGGCCGUGUUGGAUGUGAUCGGGGGCGUCUCCGCUGGCAUGGUCACGAACGCGACGGUGGCAUUCGGCUCGGGCAGCGAGCGCAACGACAGCGGCAGUCCGCACGCAGGUCGACGCCGCGACAUCGACAGCAGGGUCUCGGACACGAUGGAGGUGACCGUGGCCUUGGUGGACGUGGUCAGUGGCGUCUCCGCCGUCGGCGACACGGAUGGGGACGCGAUGGUGGCGGGCGACUCGGGCAGCAAGCACAACGGCGGCCGCAGCGCCGCCGUGUGUGCCGUCAACAGCAUGGUCUCGGAGGCUUCCGCGGCGACCGUGGCCGUGUUGGAUGUGAUCGGGGGCGUCUCCGCUGGCACGGUCACGAACGCGACGGUGGCAUGGUCACGAACGCGACGGUGGCAUUCGGCUCGGGCAGCGAGCGCAACGACAGCGGCAGUCCGCACGCAGGUUGACGCCGGUAGUAGCGUCAGCGGCGUCGCCAGCGACAUCGACAGCAGGGUCUCGGACACGAUGGAGGUGACCGUGGCCUUGGUGGACGUGGUCAGUGGCGUCUCCGCCGUCGGCGACACGGAUGGGGACGCGAUGGUGGCGGGCGACUCGGGCAGCAAGCACAACGGCGGCCGUAGCGCCACCGUGUGUGCCGUCAACAGCAUGGUCUCGGAGGCUUCCGCGGCGACCGUGGCCGUGUUGGAUGUGAUCGGGGGCGUCUCCGCUGGCAUGGUCACGAACGCGACGGUUGACGCCGGUAGUAGCGUCAGCGGCGUCGCCAGCGACAUCGACAGCAGGGUCUCGGACACGAUGGAGGUGACCGUGGCCUUGGUGGACGUGGUCAGUGGCGUCUCCGCCGACAUGGACACGGAUGGGGACGCGAUGGUGGCGGGCGACUCGGGCAGCAAGCACAACGGCGGCCGCAGCGCCACCGUGUGUGCCGUCAGCAGCAUGGUCUCGGAGGCUUCCGCGGCGACCGUGGCCGUGUUGGAUGUGAUCGGGGGCGUCUCCGCUGGCAUGGUCACGAACGCGACGGUUGACGCCGGUAGUAGCGUCAGCGGCGUCGCCAGCGACAUCGACAGCAGGGUCUCGGACACGAUGGAGGUGACCGUGGCCUUGGUGGACGUGGUCAGUGGCGUCUCCGCCGUCGGCGACACGGAUGGGGACGCGAUGGUGGCGGGCGACUCGGGCAGGAAGCACAACGGCGGCCGCAGCGCCACCGUGUGUGCCGUCAACAGCAUGGUCUCGGAGGCUUCCGCGGCGACCGUGGCCGUGUUGGAUGUGAUCGGGGGCGUCUCCGCUGGCAUGGUCACGAACGCGACGGUUGACGCCGGUAGUAGCGUCAGCGGCGUCGCCAGCGACAUCGACAGCAGGGUCUCGGACACGAUGGAGGUGACCGUGGCCUUGGUGGACGUGGUCAUCCGCACGCAGGUUGACGCCGGUAGUAGCGUCAGCGGCGUCGCCAGCGACAUCGACAGCAGGGUCUCGGACACGAUGGAGGUGACCGUGGCCUUGGUGGACGUGGUCAGUGGCGUCUCCGCUGGCAUGGUCACGAACGCGACGGUGGCAUUCGGCUCGGGCAGCGAGCGCAACGACAGCGGCAGUCCGCACGCAGGUUGCCGCCGCGACAUCGACAGCAGGGUCUCGGACACGAUGGAGGUGACCGUGGCCUUGGUGGACGUGGUCAGUGGCGUCUCCGCCGUCGGCGACACGGAUGCGGACGCGAUGGUGGCGGGCGACUCGGGCAGCAAGCACAACGGCGGCCGCAGCGCCACCGUGUGUGCCGUCAACAGCAUGGUCUCGGAGGCUUCCGCGGCGACCGUGGCCGUGUUGGAUGUGAUCGGGGGCGUCUCCGCUGGCAUGGUCACGAACGCGACGGUGGCAUUCGGCUCGGGCAGCGAGCGCAACGACAGCGGCAGUCCGCACGCAGGUUGCCGCCGCGACAUCGACAGCAGGGUCUCGGACACGAUGGAGGUGACCGUGGCCUUGGUGGACGUGGUCAGUGGCGUCUCCGCCGUCGGCGACACGGAUGGGGACGCGAUGGUGGCGGGCGACUCGGGCAGCAAGCACAACGGCGGCCGCAGCGCCACCGUGUGUGCCGUCAGCAGCAUGGUCUCGGAGGCUUCCGCGGCGACCGUGGCCGUGUUGGAUGUGAUCGGGGGCGUCUCCGCUGGCAUGGUCACGAACGCGACGGUGGCAUUCGGCUCGGGCAGCGAGCGCAACGACAGCGGCAGUCCGCACGCAGGUUGCCGCCGCGACAUCGACAGCAGGGUCUCGGACACGAUAGAGGUGACCGUGGCCUUGGUGGACGUGGUCAGUGGCGUCUCCGCCGUCGGCGACACGGAUGCGGACGCGAUGGUGGCGGGCGACUCGGGCAGCAAGCACAACGGCGGCCGCAGCGCCACCGUGUGUGCCGUCAACAGCAUGGUCUCGGAGGCUUCCGCGGCGACCGUGGCCGUGUUGGAUGUGAUCGGGGGCGUCUCCGCUGGCAUGGUCACGAACGCGACGGUGGCAUUCGGCUCGGGCAGCGAGCGCAACGACAGCGGCAGUCCGCACGCAGGUUGCCGCCGCGACAUCGACAGCAGGGUCUCGGACACGAUGGAGGUGACCGUGGCCUUGGUGGACGUGGUCAGUGGCGUCUCCGCCGACAUGGACACGGAUGGGGACGCGAUGGUGGCGGGCGACUCGGGCAGCAAGCACAACGGCGGCCGCAGCGCCACCGUGUGUGCCGUCAGCAGCAUGGUCUCGGAGGCUUCCGCGGCGACCGUGGCCGUGUUGGAUGUGAUCGGGGGCGUCUCCGCUGGCAUGGUCACGAACGCGACGGUGGCAUUCGGCUCGGGCAGCGAGCGCAACGACAGCGGCAGUCCGCACGCAGGUUGCCGCCGCGACAUCGACAGCAGGGUCUCGGACACGAUGGAGGUGACCGUGGCCUUGGUGGACGUGGUCAGUGGCGUCUCCGCCGACAUGGACACGGACGCGGACGCGAUGGUGGCGGGCGACUCGGGCAGCAAGCACAACGGCGGCCGCAGCGCCACCGUGUGUGCCGUCAACAGCAUGGUCUCGGAGGCUUCCGCGGCGACCGUGGCCGUGUUGGAUGUGAUCGGGGGCGUCUCCGCUGGCAUGGUCACGAACGCGACGGUGGCAUUCGGCUCGGGCAGCGAGCGCAACGACAGCGGCAGUCCGCACGCAGGUUGCCGCCGCGACAUCGACAGCAGGGUCUCGGACACGAUGGAGGUGACCGUGGCCUUGGUGGACGUGGUCAGUGGCGUCUCCGCCGACAUGGACACGGAUGGGGACGCGAUGGUGGCGGGCGACUCGGGCAGCAAGCACAACGGCGGCCGCAGCGCCACCGUGUGUGCCGUCAACAGCAUGGUCUCGGAGGCUUCCGCGGCGACCGUGGCCGUGUUGGAUGUGAUCGGGGGCGUCUCCGCUGGCAUGGUCACGAACGCGACGGUGGCAUUCGGCUCGGGCAGCGAGCGCAACGACAGCGGCAGUCCGCACGCAGGUUGCCGCCGCGACAUCGACAGCAGGGUCUCGGACACGAUAGAGGUGACCGUGGCCUUGGUGGACGUGGUCAGUGGCGUCUCCGCCGUCGGCGACACGGAUGCGGACGCGAUGGUGGCGGGCGACUCGGGCAGCAAGCACAACGGCGGCCGCAGCGCCACCGUGUGUGCCGUCAACAGCAUGGUCUCGGAGGCUUCCGCGGCGACCGUGGCCGUGUUGGAUGUGAUCGGGGGCGUCUCCGCUGGCAUGGUCACGAACGCGACGGUGGCAUUCGGCUCGGGCAGCGAGCGCAACGACAGCGGCAGUCCGCACGCAGGUUGCCGCCGCGACAUCGACAGCAGGGUCUCGGACACGAUGGAGGUGACCGUGGCCUUGGUGGACGUGGUCAGUGGCGUCUCCGCCGACAUGGACACGGAUGGGGACGCGAUGGUGGCGGGCGACUCGGGCAGCAAGCACAACGGCGGCCGCAGCGCCACCGUGUGUGCCGUCAACAGCAUGGUCUCGGAGGCUUCCGCGGCGACCGUGGCCGUGUUGGAUGUGAUCGGGGGCGUCUCCGCUGGCAUGGUCACGAACGCGACGGUGGCAUUCGGCUCGGGCAGCGAGCGCAACGACAGCGGCAGUCCGCACGCAGGUUGCCGCCGCGACAUCGACAGCAGGGUCUCGGACGCGAUGGAGGUGACCGUGGCCUUGGUGGACGUGGUCAGUGGCGUCUCCGCCGACAUGGACACGGACGCGGACGCGAUGGUGGCGGGCGACUCGGGCAGCAAGCACAACGGCGGCCGCAGCGCCACCGUGUGUGCCGUCAACAGCAUGGUCUCGGAGGCUUCCGCGGCGACCGUGGCCGUGUUGGAUGUGAUCGGGGGCGUCUCCGCUGGCAUGGUCACGAACGCGACGGUGGCAUUCGGCUCGGGCAGCGAGCGCAACGACAGCGGCAGUCCGCACGCAGGUUGCCGCCGCGACAUCGACAGCAGGGUCUCGGACACGAUGGAGGUGACCGUGGCCUUGGUGGACGUGGUCAGUGGCGUCUCCGCCGUCGGCGACACGGACGCGGACGCGAUGGUGGCGGGCGACUCGGGCAGCAAGCACAACGGCGGCCGCAGCGCCACCGUGUGUGCCGUCAACAGCAUGGUCUCGGAGGCUUCCGCGGCGACCGUGGCCGUGUUGGAUGUGAUCGGGGGCGUCUCCGCUGGCAUGGUCACGAACGCGACGGUGGCAUUCGGCUCGGGCAGCGAGCGCAACGACAGCGGCAGUCCGCACGCAGGUUGCCGCCGCGACAUCGACAGCAGGGUCUCGGACACGAUGGAGGUGACCGUGGCCUUGGUGGACGUGGUCAGUGGCGUCUCCGCCGACAUGGACACGGACGCGGACGCGAUGGUGGCGGGCGACUCGGGCAGCAAGCACAACGGCGGCCCGAGCGCAACGACAGCGGCAGUCCGCACGCAGGUUGCCGCCGGUAGUAGCGUCAGCGGCGUCGCCAGCGACAUCGACAGCAGGGUCUCGAACACGAUGGAGGUGACCGUGGCCUUGGUGGACGUGGUCAGUGGCGUCUCCGCCGUCGGCGACACGGACGCGGACGCGAUGGUGGCGGGCGACUCGGGCAGCAAGCACAACGGCGGCCGCAGCGCCACCGUGUGUGCCGUCAACAGCAUGGUCUCGGAGGCUUCCGCGGCGACCGUGGCCGUGUUGGAUGUGAUCGGGGGCGUCUCCGCUGGCAUGGUCACGAACGCGACGGUGGCAUUCGGCUCGGGCAGCGAGCGCAACGACAGCGGCAGUCCGCACGCAGGUUGCCGCCGCGACAUCGACAGCAGGGUCUCGGACACGAUGGAGGUGACCGUGGCCUUGGUGGACGUGGUCAGUGGCGUCUCCGCCGACAUGGACACGGACGCGGACGCGAUGGUGGCGGGCGACUCGGGCAGCAAGCACAACGGCGGCCGCAGCGCCACCGUGUGUGCCGUCAACAGCAUGGUCUCGGAGGCUUCCGCGGCGACCGUGGCCGUGUUGGAUGUGAUCGGGGGCGUCUCCGCUGGCAUGGUCACGAACGCGACGGUGGCAUUCGGCUCGGGCAGCGAGCGCAACGACAGCGGCAGUCCGCACGCAGGUUGCCGCCGCGACAUCGACAGCAGGGUCUCGGACACGAUGGAGGUGACCGUGGCCUUGGUGGACGUGGUCAGCGGCGUCUCCGCCGACAUGGACACGGACGCGGACGCGAUGGUGGCGGGCGACUCGGGCAGCAAGCACAACGGCGGCCGCAGCGCCGCCGUGUGUGCCGUCAACAGCAUGGUCUCGGAGGCUUCCGCGGCGACCGUGGCCGUGUUGGACGUGAUCGGGGGCAUCUCCGCUGGCAUGGUCACGAACGUGACGGUGGCAUUCGGCGCGGAGCGUCUUGAACCUGGUGUUGAGUACAUUGAUGGGGAUGGGACCUUUGUGAAAGGUCGAUCUCGUGGCAACCCGAUGGCAGACUUCUCGGACGAAGAGGACUUGCUGCGUUAUCGGCUGGCAAAGGAGCAGGUUGAUGCAGGCCGCCGAAUUAACUGGCGGGCUGUCUGGUUGGGGAUGCCAUACUGCGGGAAGACACAGCGACAGCUGCAGAUUCGUCUAAAGACGCUGAAGAGGACACACGGCGUGAGCGCUCCCGAUAAUGUUGGCAACGUUCAUGACGCUGUGUCAAGUUUGUAUGCCUCGGCCUUGCGUCAACCCGUCCAUGCGCCGGAUUGUCAUGCUGUCAUUCCAACGCUUACAAUCGCCGACACUUUUGUUGACUUUGGAUCUGGGAUCGGCAACGUGGUUGCACAAGUGGCACUGGAGACUUGUGUUGGGAGAUGCAUCGGGAUUGAGUUCCAGGACAACUUGGCAAACAUGUCCAAACUGCUGAUUCGUGGCGCACGCGUGGAUUUCCCGAAUUUAUCCAAGGUCACGAUUCACGAGGCCGACCUCAGAGCGAUGAGCCCAGCCGUACGCGAGGAUAUUGACGGGUGCAGUGUUUUAUUUGCGAAGAAUAUCGUUUUCGAGCCUACAAGUUUUGCGGCGCUGGAGGACUUUGCAUCUUCAGCAGCAGGUUUGGUCCACGUCGUUGUCAUGGCAACAAUUUGCGGCGGGCACCGCCCAACCUGCCCGCGCAACUUCUGCUCUGUCUGGACGCUCCGCAGCGUAUCGACGUUCACGUGUCUUGGUCUUCCCAGCUUCAUCACGCAUACUGGUACACCAGGGUUGUAG